AUGAUUGUGAAGGCAGAAAAGUUGACCAAGCCAAAAAAUAUGUCUGAGGAAUUGUCUGGCGUUACUGUAGUCAUAAUCAUAGGCCUAGGAGUCCUCACUUUCCUCCUCUUGUUCAUAUUUGCUAAAAGACAGAUCAUGCGCUUUGCUCUUAGGUCACGAAGGGGGCCCCAUAUUCCUAUAGGACAUGAUGGAUCAAAGGUUUUAAAACGUGAAAUUGAGAGAAGAAUUGAUCUUAUACAGAAAAUUGAAUGUGAGCCAUUGUUGAUAAGCAAAACAGAUCCUAGAUAUAUUGUUUGCCCUGGGCAACAAAUUCCAGCUCACUAUUACCGACUCAAAGCUGUAGAUGAUGUUAAAAUUCUAGAGGGUGAGAUUACAAAACAGGAUCCUUGUCUUUUUCGCCACCCAACUGAAAACCUGAGAGCAUAUCUCUUGACAACUCUAGCUGCACCUUUGAAUGGCAGUGGUCAGAGACUGAUUCACCAGUUUUGUGAUAUGUAUGAGCAUGCUAGACAUGAUCCAAAUCAUUUUGGAGAUGAAGAAUAUCAGCAGUAUAACAGACUUUUAUUAAAAUUAGUUGAUGCAGCAAAGCUACUCAAGUCCUAUAACACAAGUAGAAAGUCAUCUCCAAAUAGGACUCCUCAAAGGAAACAUCCUGUGGAACGUAAUAGAAAUGUGCAUUUGAGUUACACUACAGAGGAGGAAGUGCUUAGCAUUUCAGAAAGACUGGACUCUAGGCCUGCUACAUUGGCUAUAUCUGUGACAGCUGACAAUGAAACUGCUGUAUAG